CAGGAAGCAUUCUUAACUCCAACCAGAACCAGAAGUCCACCGUCACUAGGCUGGCUGGUCUCGGCACCAUGAGGAGCGGAUGUCUAAGACUGCUCCACGGGCUGCUGUGUGUCCUGCUGAGUCUCUCCAGAGCUGGAGCCCAGGGCUCUCAGGCCUGUAACCCCCGGUGCCCUCCUAACUCGGAAUGUGUCAAUGCCACUGCCUGUCGCUGCAAGCCGGGGUUUGCCUCUUCAUCUACAGAGAUCUUCACUGACCCCCUGGAGAUCUGUGAAGACAUCAAUGAAUGUGUGCCACCCAUGAAAGUGUCCUGUGGAAAAUUUGCAGACUGCCACAAUAUGGAGGGGAGCUACUACUGCAUGUGCAGCCUGGGCUAUGGGCUCCUUUCUGGGGCAAAAAAGUUCACUAAUGAGAGUGAGAACACAUGUCAAGAAGUGGAUGAAUGUAAGCAGAACCCCAGAAUCUGCAAGGGCCGCAGCACCUGCACCAACACUCAGGGCAACUAUACCUGCCAGUGUCUGCCUGGCUUUGAGCUGAACCCAGAGGACCCGAAGCUGUGCACAGAUGUGAAUGAAUGCGCCUCUGGACAAAACCCGUGCCACAAAUCCGCCCACUGCCUCAACCAAUUGGGUAGCUACCAGUGCCGCUGCAGACCUGGCUGGAAGCCAGUGCGCGGAUCCCCCAACGGCCUGAAGAACACCGUGUGCGAAGAUGUGGACGAGUGCAGAUCCGGGCAGCAUCAGUGCCACCAGUCCACCAUCUGCACCAACACCCUGGGGUCGUACCAGUGCCACUGCCGCCCAGGCUGGGAGCUGAUUCCUGGGAGUGUCAAUGGCCGGAACAGCACCAUCUGCAAAGGUUCACGGCCUGCCCUGACUCCAGAACCUACCCCACACCACACACACGUGCACACCCACGUGCACAUGCUCAUACACACCCACGCACGCACACAUGCACUCCUCCUAAUGAACCACUGUCCUGUCCCCGCAGUCAUGCCCUUCUUCACCUGGCCUCUUCCCCCUGGAGUCCACAGCCAGAGUCUCUCCCGCUUCUUUGACAAAGUCAACAAUCUGCACAGGGAUUUCAAGCCAAUUGUGGCCAAGGACACCAUCCAGGGGAUCAUGCAGGAGGUGGAUGAGCUACUGGAGACCCCUGGGGACCUGGAGACCCUGCCUCCCUCACAGAAGCACAAUGUGGCCACUCACCUGCUGACAGGCCUGGAGAGUGCCCUGAGACACCUGAGCAGGGUUCUGCCUGAGGGGACAGCAACCUUCAAUUAUUCUGCAGGCACACAACUGGCCCUAGAGGUACAGGAGCGAGGAGAUGGCAAUGUCACCUUGAGUCUGAAUCAGGCAAAGAUGCAGCUGAACUGGAAUCUGGCACAGGAAUCUUGUUACACAGGCCCUUCUGUGGUGGGCUUGGUCUCCACCCCAGGGAUGGCCAAGCUGCUGGCCGAGGCUCCCCUGGUCCUGGAGCCUGAAAAGCAGGUGGCUCCCCAUGGGACACACGAGGAUUUGCUGCAGAGAAUCUCACCUGUUCUGCUCUCGGAUAUCAUCUCAGCCUUUUUGAGCAGAAAGGACACCCAGAACCUCAGCUCGCCAGUUACCUUCACCUUCUCCCAUCCUCUGGUGACACCUGCACCAAGGCAUGAGGUGCUCUGUGUCUCCUGGGACCACAGCCAGAAUGGGAGUCACUGGACCACUGCAGGCUGCAGAACAGUGGGCACUGGAGGUGGCAGCACCACCUGCCACUGUACCCACCUCAGCAGCUUUGCCAUCCUCAUGGUCCACUACCAUGUGCAGGACGACGACCCUGUGCUGGACUUCAUCACGUGCUUGGGGCUGGGCGUGUCGCUGCUGUGCCUGGUCCUGGCGGCCCUCACCUUCCUCCUGUGCAGAGCCAUCCAGAACACCAGCACCUCCCUGCACCUGCAGCUCUCGCUCUGCCUCCUGCUGGCCCACCUGCUGUUCCUCACGGCCAUCGACAGAACCCAGCCCAAGGUGCUGUGCGCGGUCACCGCGGGCGCCCUGCACUACCUCUACCUGGCCUCCUUCACCUGGAUGCUGCUGGAGGGGCUGUUCCUCUUCCUCACGGCACGGAACCUGACUGUGCUCAGUUCCUCCAGCAGAAACAGGCUCAUGAGGAGGCUCAUGUUCCCUGUGGGCUACGGAGUCCCGGCCGCCAUCGUGGCCGUGUCUGCAGCAGCCAGACCUCACCUGUAUGGCACCCCUGCUCGGUGCUGGCUCAAUCCAGAACAGGGGUUUGUGUGGGGCUUCCUUGGACCCGCCUAUGCCAUCUCUUGUGUCAAUUUGGUUUUCUUCCUGAUGACCCUCUGGAUUGUGAAGACCAAGCUGUCCUCCAUCAACAGAGAUGUGUCCACCCUCCAGAACACGAGGAUGCUGACAUUUAAAGCAAUGGCUCAUCUCUUCAUCUUGGGCUGCACCUGGUGUCUGGGUGUCCUGCAGGUGGGCCCCAUGGCCCCCAUCAUAGCCUACCUCUUCACCAUUGUCAACAGCCUGCAGGGCGUCUUCAUCUUCCUGGUGUACUGCCUCCUCAGCCAACAGGUCCGGGAGCAGUACAGGACAUGGCUCAAGAAGAUCUGGAAAUGGACAACUGAACCCGAGGCCUACACUCUGUCUAGCAAGGCUGUGUCCAACACCUCCUGACCCAGCCCGAAUAAUUAGAAAGAUCAUCGGAGCUACAUCCUCCUUCCCCAUGGAAAAUCUGAAAAGUCAUUUUUUGAACCAUUAGGACAGGACAAAGACUCUGUGCUGUGUGUUUCAAGAAAUCCAUGGUGUUGGCCAUGUGAAGGGAUUCUUGGAGGACAUGACUGACAUUCAACUCCUGCAGAACCUGAAAUCUGUCCAUGCCCGACAUGGUGCUGAGCAAAGUCAACAUCCAGAUGCCAUCUGCCGCCCAAUUCCUCAGUUUCUCUGUUAAACGUUCUUCUACUGCCCUCCCUUCCUUUGAGGCCUCUUCCAUGCAAAAAUUCUAGAAGCAAGAAAACCAGCCUCCCAGGAUGCUCACAUCCACAGCAUUCAAAAGGAAUAGAACUCGCCUUAAACUUCUUGACAACAACAAAAAAAAUUUCAUGGAAAUAAAAUAUUGUGGUGUCUACAAGGAA